AUGAGUGCAGCUGGAAUAGAGGCGGCUGCCUAUGUAAAGGAAGCGCAUAUGCUGAGGGAAGCAAACCCCUUCUUGGUGCCUACGCAGAACUCGCCACUCGAGUGCAACCUUUGUGAGAUGGCCUGGCGCCCCCUCAGCAGUCCGCGCCGCGUGUGUCAUCUCCACCUCUCCUCCGACAGCCGAGCCGCUGCAACGACGACGCUGCAGACAACCUCUGACGGGAAGUGCCAUGGCCUUGCGCUCUGGGCUGAGUUUGAAGCCGAGAAAUCCGUAUUGAGCACAGGCCCACAGUCGCGCGUCCCCACUGGAUGGAGUCAAGCCCUGCAAUUACUGAAGGAGCCUCUAGAGAUCACGGAGGGUCAGGAUGUAGAGGUGCGAGUGGAGGUGGAUGGCGAGGAGGCCACUAUCUGCAUUGCUCUCAAGGGAGCCAAACGACAAAGAUUCACCUGA